AUGCCGUCCGAGAAACUGACCUAUAGGGAGGAGUAUGACCUAGUCGUCACUCAGGGCCAUGGCCUCGGCCAGAUUUUCGAUGUCCAAGCGAGGCAAUCGCCGAAUUCCGUGGCGGUUUUUGAUGACCAAACGACCCUCACGUACUAUCAGCUACAUAGUCAAGCUCUGCAAGUUGCUCACAAACUUAGAACCCAGGGCUUGGAAAUUGAGGAGCCCGUUGGUGUCAUUGUGCAGCACGGCGUAACAGACAUAGUGGCCCAGAUAGCUGUCAUCUAUGCCGGGGUAGCUGCUCACCUAUGGAUCCGACACUGCCAGAUGCGCAAAUCGAAAGCCGACUGGCAAAGCUCGGGGCUCGAUAUGUGCUCCUUAUCUGUGGGGACCGAUAUUCCAGUUUCAACCACUCUGGACCAUCGGACACAUCUGAUUCAUACAUCUGGAACCACAAGCGAGCCCAAAGCAGUUCAGAUUGCGGCUCGUUCAAUCCUGCAGGUUGUCUACCAUGCACCCUUCGAGCCCGUCAGCCCCACCGACACAGUUGCCCAUGUCAAUAAUACAAGUUUUGAUGUUUCCCUGUUUGACAUAUGGGUACCUCUCUUGCGCGGGGCUCGGAUAGCUAUUUUGAGCAAGGUUGUUCUCCUGGAUCUUCCAGCGAUGGCCGCCGCAAUUUCCCAAAAGGGAAUCUCAGUGAUGGCGACUACAACCGCUCUCUUGAACCUGGCUGCAUCGACCUAUCCACGUGCAUUUGCUCAACUCAAAAUAUGCUUCAUUGGUGGAGAGGCUGCGAACGUGGCCGCGAUCGAAACGAUUUUGCGGCACGGUCCGCCACAGCAUCUGAUAAAUGCAUACGGCCCGACGGAAUGCUGCAUAUUUUGCCUUGCCCACCGAAUUGUUCCUGAAGAUCUGAAGAGCGGAGUUGUCAGUAUCGGGAAGCCGAUCGGUAAAACCGUUGCUCGUAUUUGCGAUGAGUUUGGAGCAUCGGUGCAAGAUGGAGAAGAAGGCGAGUUAUGGAUCGGCGGAGCUGGCGUAUCUCCUGGAUAUGUGAAUGAUCCUGAAAGGAAUGAAAGGGCAUUCGCACGCUUACGGACAGAGCGUGAAGACCAACGAUUCUAUCGUACUGGCGAUAGGGUCAAGAGGCGCCCUGAUGGACAGAUCGACUAUGUGGGACGUCAGGACCACCAGGUCAAGGUUCGUGGAUAUCGAAUUGAGCUCGAGGCUGUCGAAACUGCAAUGUUGCGGACUGAACAGUUCUCCGAGGCCGUCGCACUGAAGGUAGAAGCCAAUGGUGGUGCGGGAUCUCUUCUAGUCGCCUUUGCCGUGCCAAUCUCAGCCAAGCCCCAUGCACUGAUACGUGCUAUUGACUCCCUCAAGUCUAUGCUGCCGGAUUAUAUGAUACCUCAAAUCGAAUUGAUCCCAAAGAUGCCGCUCAAUAGCCAUGCCAAGGUUGACCGCAAACAUCUUGCGAUGUUGUACCGUGAGCGAUGGGCAAAAUUAGAACCUCAAAGCAAGAAUGACGGCACCGGAAACACUCAACAGAGACUGUCAGGUCUUUGGGUCGAGAUACUCGGGCUCCCAUCUUUGCCGGACGAUGCCGAUACGGAUUUCUUUCAACUUGGGGCCACAUCCCUUCAGGCAUCGCUCUUGAUCAGCCAAAUUCGAAGAUAUCUUGGUGCCGAUAUUUCGCUGUUGACUCUUUACGAUCAUUCCAAGCUGGCUGAUCUUGCAUCUAUCAUUGAGAAAUCGCAUGAUCGUGUAUCAGAAACUGUUCGUAAUGAAAGCGAAAUAUGGGUCCAGGAUACACGUAUUGGCGAUGACCUCGCUCCUCCAUCAGGGCGGGUCAUUGAUUGGCGCCGGGACACAGAAGGACGCGUAUUCUUUACCGGUGGCACUGGCUUUGUCGGGGCGUUUCUUUUGGCGGAUAUUCUUCGCGCACAUGAAGUACAUCAAGUGGGGUGUCUGGUAAGGGCGGCGAGUCCCGAGGCAGGCCUUGAACGCAUCAAACACGCCAUGGGGAAAUAUGGCCAAUGGGAGGAACGCUUCUCUGAUAAAUUACUGAUACUCUGCGGAUCCUUGGAAGAUAUUUACCUCGGGCUUGGCUGUGAAAGAUUUCAUGAAAUUGCCAACUGGGCGAGCGUGAUUUUCCACCUCGGUGCCAAGGUCAAUUACACUCAACCAUACUCCCUCCACCGACCAGCGAAUGUGAUCGGCACGAGAAAUAUUGUGCGACUGGCUUGUGCAGGAGGUCGCACCAAGGCGGUCCAUUAUGUUUCUAGCAUCUCUUGCUUCGGCCCCACUGGAUUUGUAACUGGGACCAACGUGAUAGCCGAGGAUGAGCCUCUCCUCAAACAUGUCGAAGCACUUCCGUUCGAUCAUGGGUAUGCCCAAUCUCAAUGGGUUGCUGAGGGAUUGCUGAGACGCCUCAUGGAUCGCAAUUUCCCUAUUGCCAUCUACCGCCCUGGCUUUAUUACGGGUCAUAGCCAGACUGGAGCCUGCAACCCGGAUGAUUUUUUCAGUCGCCUGAUUCAGUCAUGCGUUCAGAUUGGCUGCUAUCCGCUUCUACCGAAUCAACGAAAAGAGUUUGUUCCUGUAGACUAUGUCAAUGCGAUCAUCUUGCAUAUCGCUUCAUCUGCAGCGUCAACUUCACUCGGCCACGCUUACCAUAUCGUUCCACCAAGUCGCAACGUGUCGAUUGAUAUGAAUGAAGCAAUGGAUCUUGCAGGUCUCACAUCGCAAAGACCAAUCAAAGGCAUCCCAUAUCAGGAUUGGGUCGAUGUCCUGUUAGAUAACUGCCCAGCAAAGUUGCAACCGCUCCAGCCUAUGCUAGCUGAAAGGGCCCACCGUGGCCUGACAAGAUGGGAGCUGUACGAAAACAUGCCGUUAUAUGACACCACGAACACUGGUCGCAUGCUGGCUACGCUAGAGAAGGGCCUCCAUUUCCCGGUUCUUGAUCGAGAACUCAUGGAAAAAUAUUUGUUGUUUCUUUCGGAGUGCUAG